AGGAGACCCACUGUACUGGGAGGAAGAGGGGGUGCCGGUCUCUCUGGGCCCUGCGUGAGCCCGGGGCUGUGUCUCGGAGAGCAGCUGGGCGUGCUGGCCUGCAUGUGGUGCUACAGCGACCUCUGCUGGCAGGUCAGGGUAUUGAAGUGUCUGUCCCAGUGGUGAGUGUGCCCUGUGCUCAGGGCAGGGUGGGAGCCGCCACACUGCACCGCCAGGCUCCAGUUACCUGGUCCGCACUGGUGCCGCACUCACCUGUGUGGCGCUGGGACUUCUGGGGUAAGUCCCAGGCUGCUUUGCACUGCAGUGAGUGAGCUGUUCCUUCCCAGGGAAUUGUGGGGAACGUGUCUGUCCGGGCCACGCAGGGGGAAUUGUGGGAAAGGUGGAGAGGACUCUCAGCAGUCGCGUGGCUUAGCCUGGGUUCUCUCUGUGAAGUGGGCCUGUGACCAGCCCCAGCGAAGGCAGAAUUUGAGCUCUAGCUACAGCCAGGCCAGGCCAGCUAGCCUGGGGUUAAAGCAGCAGCACACUGGAGUGAGAGGAGGAUGGGAGGGGGCGACACCCUGGUCAGAGCCCGGGUUAACUCUGCCGUGAAGACAGAGGAGGAGGGGAAUAAAGCUCGUGUAGGGAUCUUCCUUCUGCAUGUGGUAUCUCCAUGGUGCAGGCUGUGCUGGGCCUCUGGUAACGGAUGGUGCUCGGACGCCUCCGUCACACCAGGGCCGUGCAUGCCCUGAGGGGGGCAGAUGGGGUGCAGGGCCAUCUCAGAGAACACCUCGGUCUGAACUGGCUGGCAGAGAGCUAGGUUCCAGCCUGGUGCGGCAUGCUGCAGGGGCUGGCAGCUCUGGAAUUCCCACAUUCGUCGUCUCCCCAGCACUUGGUGCGGGGCGUGCUGGCUGGCCCAGUGGGCCCGGCUACUGUCCUCACAUGGCAGUAAGCCCCACUCGGAGGCUCUCGGUGGAUCUGUUAACACAGGAUCCCCUUUCGGAGCUCCCACCUCCCUGGGCGCAAGCAAGCUGCAGCUCUGAGUCCUGGGUCUCAGGUGCAAAGCUCUCCACAGGACGCGCAGUGUAACGAGCUGGUGGGGGCUCUGCCCCCUGGUGCUUCCUCGGGGGGGAGGGAGUCCGGAAGUGGGCCGAUCUGCCUGGCUGCUGCCUGAUGGGGGGGCACCAAUCACGAGGAGGAAGCCUGUCCUGCUCAGGGACCCUGUUUGCCAGGCUUGUGGUGCUGUUUCCUAGGGGCGUAUCCAUGGUCCAACCUGGUUGCAAUCUUAGAGGAGCGCAAUGGGGCCGACACGGAGCUGCUGGUGUUUGCGAUGACACUGAUCAACAAGACGCUGGCGGCCCUCCCGGACCAGGACUCGUUCUACGACGUGACAGACUGCCUGGAGCAGCAGGGGAUGGAGAGCAUUGUGCAGCGCCACAUGCACAACAAAGGCCUGGAUCCUGACGUGAAGCAGCAGUUUGCAAUCUACGAAACCUCGCUCAGACACGAAGACGGAGUGGAAGAGCUGCCGCCGGGGGCGCGCAAGGAGCGGCGGAAAACAGACGAGAACCGGCGGGGCCGGCGCUCCCUGGGUGGCAACGUAGAUGCCGGAGCCGGUGCAAGCUCCCCAAGCCCAGCCGUGGAGGACAACAAGCUGCCUGAGCCGUCCAGCCCCCUGAGGGAACCCACCGCCGAGACGGGGACGGAGAGCAGCCCAGCUCCGCCCUGCUUCGAGAGUGUUUACAACAGCACGUCCAACGUGCGGCUCUCUGCGCCGGCCUCCCCGGAGGAGAGGGAGCACCCCAGCUUGGGGGAGAGGAGCAUUUUCAAAGCUCGCUUCUUGGAAAACCUGGCUUCAUCCCAAAAGGAGAAGCUGUCUGCGAUGUCCAAGGGGCGGCUUGACGUCCUCGCCGAAGCCAUUCCAGGGGGCGGCCAGCUCAGCCCAGAGCCACCCCCAGCAGGGAGGCUGGCGCUGAGCGAGGAGAAGGAGCAGAAUGAGACGGCGAACGAGCAGGAGCCGCACCUGCCGUCAGUCGGGAUCGCUCCAGGGAGGGACGAGAAAGGAGACGGCACAUCAGGGCGCUGUGUCCCCCAGCAGGAGAGCGCCGAUCCCUGCCGCUCCGUCUCCUCGGACAAGAAGCUGAUGCGUGACAUGCUGUUUGCCAAAAGCCACGUGGAGCCGGAGCGGGACCUGCUCGUCCCUGAAGCGUCAGCCUCUGCCCAGCGCCACCGAGCGGCUGGGGACCGGCCGAGCCAGGCAGAGCUGCAAGGCAGUCAGGACCUGGAGAACGCCAGGCCCCAUGGCAAGGCCCCUGACGGGCAGGUCUCUGGCGCCCGGACCCGGCUCCCGCGCACCCAGUCCAGUGUCGAGGCAGAAGCCAACGCUCAGAACGUGGAGCGGGCCCUCCUGACCCCGUUUAAAAAGGACUUUGAGUUCAUGUGGGAUCGUCCGGAGGCCGGCCCCAUGCUGCUGAAGAUCAAAGACCUGGACUUCUCAGACCUGGGUGAAGAGGAAGAUUUUGAUGCCUUAGAGCAAGGGGCAGUAGGACAUGACUCUUUCCAUGUGCCUCCUCCACCACCUCCUGGCACUGGGGCACUGACUGCAGGAGGCCUCCUGGCUCCCCCGCCACCACCACCACCCCCUCCUCCUAGCUGUCCCCCCCCCCCCGGCUGUCCUCCGCCCCCCCCACCCCCUGUUCCUGGCUGCCCACCCCCUCCUGCGUUGCUGGGCCCCCCUGCGCCAGAUGGCCGUUCCCCUGCCAAGAAGAAGAAGACGGUGAAGCUCUUCUGGAAGGAGCUCAAACACCCCAGUUCCCAUGCUGGGGCUGGCCGGUUUGGCCGGGGCACCGUGUGGGCGUCCCUGGAGAGAGUGGAGAUUGACGCGGCCAAGCUGGAGCAUCUCUUUGAGUCCAGAGCGAAGGAAGUGCUGAGUUCCAAGAAAGCUGCUGACGGGAAGAAGUGCACGGUGAUCCUCGACCCCAAGAGGAGCAAUGCCAUUAACAUCGGCCUGACGGUGCUGCCGCCCGCUCACAUCAUCAAGACGGCCAUUCUCAACUUCGACGAGUUCGCCAUUAACAAAGAAGGGAUUGAGAAAAUCCUGACCAUGGUUCCCACUGACGAAGAGAAGCAGAAGAUCCAGGAGGCGCAGCUCGCCAAUCCCGACGUCCCCCUGGGCUCAGCCGAGCAGUUCCUGCUCACCCUCUCCUCCAUUAGUGAGCUCACGGCUCGGCUCCAGCUGUGGGCGUUCAAGCUGGACUAUGAGAGCAUGGAGCAGGAGAUCGCGGAGCCUCUGUUUGACCUGAAAUUGGGGAUGGAACAGCUGGCCAAAAACCAGACCUUCAGGUGUAUCCUGGCUACUCUGUUGGCCAUGGGGAACGUCCUCAACGGCUCCCAGAGCCGGGGCUUCGAGCUCAGUUACCUGGAGAAGGUCUCAGAGGUGAAGGACACCGUGCACCGGCAGUCUCUGCUGCACCACCUGUGCCACGCGGUGGUGGAGAGGUUCCCCCAAACCAGCGACCUCUACUCGGAGAUCGCAGCCAUCACCCGCUCAGCCAAGGUUGACUUUGACGAGCUGGCGGAAAGCCUGAGCCAGCUGGAGCGACGGUGCAAAGCAUCAUGGGACAGCCUGAAGGCCAUCGCCAAGCACGAGACCAAACCGGGCCUGAAGAGCAAGCUGAUGGACUUCCUGAAGGACAGCUCCCGGAAGAUCCACGUUCUGAAGGUGGUGCACAGACGCAUACUCCACAGGUUCCGCUCCUUCCUGCUGUUCCUGGGCUACCCGCCGGCGGCCGCGCGGGACAUGAAGGUGACGGGGUUCUGCCGGCUCCUGCGGGAGUUCGCCCUGGAGUACCGCACGUGCCGAGAGCGUGUCCUGCAGCAGCAGCGCAAACGGGCCGCGUACCGCGAGAGGAACAAGACCCGGGGCCGGAUGAUCACGGAGAUGGAGCGAUUCUCCCGCAUGGCCGACAGCCCUGAGGCAAGCUCCUCUCCAGCCGUGGGGUCGGCCUGCCCAGAGCAGCAGGCGGAUGCAGGCCACGAGACCAUGAAGAGUGUGUUGAGCUCGGCUGUGGAGCCCCACAGCCGGCGCAGCAGGGCCAGCCGAGGCGUGGGUCGGUCAAGCCCCUCCAGCGGCUCCGUGCCCCAGGACGACAGCUCCAGCUCCCCGGCCGACGCCUCGGAUGAAAUCAUGGAUCGCCUUGUGCAGUCCGUCACCCACAGCGCCGGCCCGCGGCCGGGCGCCGCCAAGGAGCGCAAGAGGUCACGUGUCAGCAGGAAGUCCAUGCGGCGGACUCUGAAGAGCGGCCUGAGCGAUGACUUGGUGCAGGCCCUGGGCCUGGCACAAGCUCCCAGCGUGCAAGUGUGACGGUUGCCAUGGCCAGCGGAGCCGCUGCGGAAGGAGCCUGCCUAGAGCCCGCGAUGCCCCACUCCCCGGAGCGAGCGGGGCCAUGAACGCGCUGAGCGGGAGCCCAGCUCGCCCAGCCCAGCGCUCUGCGGCCUGGAGGAAGGGAGUCGCUGGGCAGGGCCGGUGUUUGGGGAGCACCGAGCCCCUGCCCCGGGGCCGCAGCCCAGCAUGCUGGCACCACUGGAGCCUCUCUGAAGCGUCGCCUGCUGGUGCCACAGGAUGGGCACUCAUGCCACAGUGGCUACUGCUUCUCCCCACCCCCACCAUGGGCCUCCCUGCAUCCUGUCCCCCCCACACACCCUGCCCUAUGGGCCCCCCCGCAUCCUGCCGUCCGUCUGGCCCGUGCUUUCCUGCAGUGGGGCCGUGCGCCGAGUGGAUUUGCUCUGGGGACACUAUAGUAUUUGAGCCCUUUGUGGGUAGCUGGCGAGUGCGACGUGUGCUGUGGAUUAGUUUGGCUGGGCCCUGCAAAGAGAAGCGCUGGCUGCGGCAUGGAUGGGCUGCGUAGCACUGCCACCGCACUCCAUCUCCUUGGGUUUGCAUCCUGCCUUUCCCCUUCAGGUCGCUGGAUUCCAGGGCUUCUCCGAGACUUCCCAGGGUCCUGCUAGGAAGCGAGUAGCAUUUCCCUGGUGGCUGGCACUGGUUGGCACCCGCAUCCUCCCAGGGCUCCUGGUGAUGGGCGGGGUCUGCGUGUGCACUAGCUGAGCAGUGCGUGGAAGCCCCCCUCCCCUGGGGGAGCACAGGGCUGGCUGGUCGCCCGGGAUGUGCAGUCUGACCCCCGUUAGCAGCACCUGGGGUGGGAAGGUCCCAGGGCAGUUGCUGGGGCCGGUGCCAAUUGGACUGAAUAAAGACACCUGCUGUUGA